AUGGACGACAUGUACACCAUCCAUCAGCGGGCGAAAACCGAUCUGCGAGGAAGCCCGUUUCAGGCGUUAUUGGCGCCGCCUCCUAUGGCAACGAUCGGCCUAAUUACCUCCACCAGCAAUAAUAUGACAACCACCACCAGCAGUUGGUCGCAGAGCCCUACUCCCCACCCAACAUCCCCUUCCGGAUAUGCUCGAUUCAUCCCUCUAUCCACCUCAGUUCCUUCGAGUGAACCGCAGCCACGCUUUGAAGCACUUGUUCAUGAGAACUCACAAGGAUCGAAAGGGAAAGCGCUUCCUUUAAGCGGGUUGGGAGGGUUCAAAGAAACGAUUCCGUCAUCCACGCAUUUGACAGAAAGCAGUGGUUCGCCAAAGGUUGGCCAGAGUGUUAAUAGUAAGGACGCAAAGACGAACUUAAGGCCAACCGAUACCAACUCCACCACCUCCAGCAACACCUUUUCCGUGAGGUCGGGUGUCGUCGAAGGAAGUAGUUUUAGUAAAAUCACUAGCGCCAAUCUAAUACUUGCCGACGAUGGUAAAGAAGCGUCCGGGUCGAAGAUAGGUCCAGGUCAGAAGGUUCCUGCGGGAUUCACAACAAGCAGCAGUAGCAGCAGUAGUAGUAGUAAAACUAACGUCAAAACCAACCCUCGGGCGAGUGCUCCGUCCGAGGCCGAGCCCAGUGGCAACAUGAACCGCCUCGACACGGGGGACGCCCUGGUUUCCGAGGGCAACGUCAGCAAAAUGUACUUCGAAACCGACAACCACACGAGGAUCGCGUCGCAGGUCGGCUCGAUAGCGGUGCUCCCGUGUGCGGUCCGGAACAUCGGCGAGGGAGUGGUGUCGUGGAUUAGGCGGAAAGAUUAUCACCUACUAACGAUAGGGUACACCACCUACAGUAGUGACGAGCGGUUCAAUAUCAUCCACUCGGAAGAUACGGAGGAAUGGCCUCUGCAGAUAAAAUACGUGCAACUGCGAGAUGCCGGCCUCUACGAGUGUCAGGUGUCGACGCAUCCACCGACGUCGAUCUUCGUCAAGCUGGACGUCGUGGAAGCGAAAGCGGAAAUUUUCGGUCCCUCGGAAAAGUAUCUGAAGCCGGGAUCGAUGCUGAGACUGACGUGUCGAGUCGUGCAGAGCAAUGAACCACCGUUGUACAUAUUUUGGUACCACAACAGUCGCAUGAUCAACUACGACACGCACCGGGGCGUCAAUGUGUCGACGGAGGCGGAUAAUCGUUACUCGGAGCUCGUCAUAACACACACCAACACGCUGAAUUCCGGAAACUACUCAUGCGUGUCGAACAAUGCCGUCGCUGCAUCGACGCUGGUGCACAUCCUGAAUGGCGAAAACCCUGCGGCGAUGCAACAUGGCGAUCACGGCAACGCAGUUCUUACGGCGUCGCAUAUGCAUUUAUCGCUUAUAGUUGUGACAUAUCAGGUGAUCCGUUUUAUUUCGACCAUUUUCUCGUAG